AUGGCAUCAACGCCAGCCAUGGGCGCAUGCGGCGACAGCCAGUUUGGGCCCAUAGUCGCUACAACAGACUGUCGCGGGGGCUUCGACUUCACAGUACUCUUUGAAUCCUCCAUUUUGAACAUCUUACCUGCGGCUUGUUUCCUCUUGCUGGCAAUCUUUCGCCUGUUUCAGUUGUCUAGACGGUCACCAAAAGUGCUCUCUUCCGCAUUCCGUGUCGCGACUCUGGUCGUCUCCAUAGCUUUUGCAGCUAUUCAAAUUGGUCUCCUGGUACUUGUUGCGAUACAGCAUCCUCUUAGUGGACCCGUUUCACUUGCGGGCGCAAUUCUCGAUCUUUUGUCGGGGCUGGUCAUCGUGAUUCUCGUUGACCUGGAGCAUUUCCGGUCUCUUCGACCAUCCUUUCUCGCCUCAGCUUACUUGUUCACCACACUGCUUCUGGACAUUGCGCGUGUGCGCACAGCUUGGUUACUACCCGGCCAUCUGACUUACUCUGCUUGUCUCUCUGCGUCUCUCGCUGUCAAGGCAAUUCUUUUGACACUCAACAGUAUUGAGAAGCGGAAGUGGUUUAUGCCAAGCGAAAAGUACCACUCUAUUGAGAGGGUCAGCGGGCCUUUUAGUCGAGGCUUAUUUACUUGGCUGAAUAGUCUGCUAUGGAAAGGGCAUUCCGUCUUAUUGACUGAGGAAGGUCUGCCUAAUGUGAACGAGAAGAUUUUGUCUUCAGAAGUAGCUACUCGAUUCACAGAUUCGUGGAUGGGGUGCUCUCAAAGUGGACAAAAUGCGCUGCUUUUGGCGGUGAUCAAAUGUCUGCGCUGGGAAAUGGCGACGAUCGCCUUUCCACGACUCUGUGUCGUGGGAUUUAGUAUUGCGCAACCCUUUCUGAUUGGAAAAUUUGUUACCGUUCUACAGGAGACAACCCCGUUGUCACAGGAUAUGGGCUACGGCUUAAUUGCAGCGACCGCAAUUAUCUUUACUGGGGUUGCUGUUUCCCGAGCUACUUACGAGCAUUUGGGAUAUCGUGCCACAACCAUACUUCGUGGUGGUCUAAUGACUCUUGUUUUCCAGCAUAUGAUGGAUCUGCCUCUGGGAGGCACAGAUGAAUCCAGCGCGAUGGCCCUGAUGGGCUCUGACAUAGAGAUGCUCGCAGAAUAUUUCUAUUCAGUAGUUUGUGAGACCUGGGCGAAUGUGCUACAAUUAGCUCUAGCUACAUGGUUGCUACAAACUCAAGUCGGUGCUGUCUGCAUCGGUCCGAUUUUGGUUGCAAUAAUCUUCAUAGCAGCAUCAUUUGCAAUGGGUAAUGCUGUUUCCACUCGGCAGAAAGAUUGGCUUAAGGCUACCGAAAAGCGUAUCAACUUCACUACUUCCAUUCUAGGGUCCAUUCGAAAUGUCAAAUACCUUGGACUUACCGAGACAAUGAGCAAUAUGAUUGACGCAAUGCGCAUGGAAGAGCUUGAGGUCUCCAAGAACUUCCGCAAACUCCAGUCCAUACGGAUAUGUAUGGUUAACUCCCCUUUGACCUUUGGGCAGCUUGUGACACUCGCUGCCUAUGCGAUAUUAGCAUUGCUGCAGGGCUCUGGCGGACUUGCCGUCAGCAAAGCCAUCACAUCUUUGUCUCUCAUAAACUUGAUGAUUACGCCACUUAGCUACCUUUUGAUGGCUAUUCCCGACGCAUAUGCUUCAAUGGGUUGCCUGAACAGGAUACAAGACUUCCUCAAAAACCCGGGCCGACUUGAGAAGAGGCAUCUUGCCCAGUCGCUUUCAAGUCACUCUAUUUUGACCAGUAGCAUCUCUGCUAUCGAGCUUUCUUCACUUCCAGAAAGUCUACCCACACAGAAAGAAGUGGUUCUAUCACUGCGCAAUGUUCAAUUUGGCUGGAAACCCUCCUCUCGGAGGAGCAUACAGGGCAUUACACUCAGUUUUGAAGCCUCUCCUACUGGCACUGUCAUUAUCCUUGUCGGCCCAGUAGGCUGUGGUAAAUCUACAUUCCUCAAGGGUCUCGCAGGUGAGACGCCCGUGUUGGAGGGUGAGCUUUUUAUCAAGUACCCAGAUUUGGCAUUCUGUGACGAAACACCAUGGCUAUCCAACACAUCAAUACGGAGUAAUAUUGCUGGAGACGACCCAUCCUCUUUCGAUCCAGACUGGUAUCGCACCGUUAUUAGCGCAUGUGCGCUAGAUCUGGAUCUGGAGAAAAUGCCAGCCGGUGACGAGACAUCCGUGGGUAGUAAAGGAUCUAGACUCAGUGGAGGACAGAGACAAAGGAUUGCUAUCGCACGCGCCGUUUACGCUCGUAAACGUAUCGCUUGCUUCGAUGAUGUUUUGAGUGGCCUAGACAAUGCAACCGCUCGAGAUGUCUUCCAUAAUGUCUUUGGUCCGACUGGACUAUUACGUCGGCUUGGCUGUAUGGUUUUCUUAGCAACUCACACUGUUCAUCACUUGCCCCAAGCCGAUCUGAUCUUGGUACUGGGAGAAGAUGGCCGAGUUGCCAAGCAGGGUAGGUUUACCGAGCUUCAAGAAGAAAUUGACGACUUGGUUCACAUCGAGGGGAUGCAACUCAGGCAAAAUGAUGACGCAGAGAGAAUUGAUGAGUUGCCAGAACUUCUCAAUCAAACAGCGGAGUCCAUGCGCGCUUCCUCCGUAGAUGUCAAGCGCCCGAUGACAGACCUCGCUGUAUACAAGUACUAUUUCUCUGCGCUGGGCUGGUUGCGAAUUUCUGCUUUACUUUUCUUCAUAAUAACCGAGGCUGGCAUGAGCGGAUUUCGCUACAUCUGGGUUGACCUCUGGUCCUCCAGCAGUGAUAAUACCGCACCCUCGCGCCUAGGCUACUGGCUUGGGCUAUAUGGGGCAUUCUCGGUUAUUCAACUCUUUGCGCUGACGCUUGCUGUAUUCUGGACGUGGGUUGUCAUCGUCCCAGCGGCUUCUCAGAACCUUCAUUCUACCAUGCUGCGCGUUUGCAUGAGCGCUCCAAUGUCGUUUUUGUCGAAUGUUGAGACUGGAGCCCUAGUAACCCGCUUCAGUCAAGACAUAAGACUAGUGGACAUGGUUUUACCCCGGGCCUUCAUAUCUACGGGUUUUCAGUUCUUUGCGGCCAUUGCGCAAGGCGCAAUUGCUAUCGCUUCACUUCCAUACUUAGCGGCAGCUUUGCCCCCUGUGAUUGGACUUCUGGUACUAAUUCAGCGGUUCUAUCUCAAGACAUCUCGUCAACUGCGGCUAUUAGAGAUCGAGCUCAAGAGUCCUCUUUAUACCCACUUUAUCGAAUCUUUGGCAGGAGUAACCACCAUCCGUGCAUUUUCCUGGACUCACGCCACCUCUAAUCGAAUGAUUUCCAUGCUAGACACGGCCCAGAAACCUUACUAUCUCCUCUUGUGUAUUCAACGAUGGCUGAGUCUCGUGCUAAAUUUGAUUGUCGCUGCCUUAACAGUACUUCUUGUUGGCAUCUCGCUCGCUCUCCGCACUCGUGUUGAGCCAGGUCUCUUGGGAAUUGCUCUUGUGAUGAUGAUGGAACUGGGACUCGUUCUCUCGGCAUUGAUACAGAACUGGACGUUGCUUGAAACUUCACUGGGAGCUAUUUCACGAAUCAAGGAGUUUGCCGAAGAGACUCCGAACGAAGAGAGCAACGCCAUUGUCCAGACUUACAUUGAAAUCCCAGAAUGGCCGACUCAAGGAGAAAUCUCAUUUGUGGAUGCGACUAUUGCAUGGAAUAAUGACGCGAAGCCUUUACUCAACAAAAUAAACCUUCACAUCCGUGCUGGGGAUAAGUUCGGCCUCUGUGGUAGAACAGGAAGUGGCAAAAGUACAUUGGCGCUAUCGCUCCUCCGGCUCAAUGAGGUUUUCUCGGGUAGGAUCGUCAUCGAUGGACAAGAUAUUUCCCUUUUGUCCAGAUCAACAGUCAGACAGCGCAUCAGCUGUCUCGGCCAAGAGCCAUUCAUUUUCCCUGGUACCGUCAGGCAAAAUGCCGACCCACUGGAUGUGGCAUCGAGCACGGAAAUUAUCGAUGCACUAAAUUCCGUCGGAGUCUGGGACUCCUUAGUGACAAGCCACAAUAGCACGGAUGAAGUGUUGCUGGAUACGAGUUUAGAUGAAAGCAUUCUAUCCCAGGGCCAUAAACAACUAUUCUGUCUAGCAAGAGCUUUGCUGAAGAAAAGCAAGAUUCUGAUUUUAGAUGAGCCAACAAGCAGUCUGGAUCCCGAAACGGAUGCCAAAGUGCAAAAGGUCAUACGGCAGUCUUUUGCUGAUUGCACCGUGAUCAUGGUGGCACAUAGAAUCCAUACUCUCCUCGACUUCGAUCAAGUCGCUGUCCUGAGCGGUGGACAGGUUAUAGAAGUGGGACAUCCACAAGAAUUAGUGUGCAAGAGUGGUGAAUUUGCAAAAUUACUGGAUCUGGAGUCGUGA